CUUGAAUUCUAUCACAGAGAUUAACAUGACAAUAAAAGUUGCAAUUGUCGGAGCCGGCAUAUCGGGCCUUGCCACAGCAAAGCAAAGCCUCGCGGAAGGAUUCUCAGUGACUGUUUUCGAAGCCCGCGACAACAUCGGCGGCCAGUGGUACUAUGAAGAACCCGACCCUGCCACCAGCGAGGCCCAGUCCUCCAUGUACGAGGGCGCCAUUUCCAACACGUGCCGCGACACGUCGAGUUUUAGUGAUUUCCCCAUGGAUCCAGCGCGAUACCCGGAUUUCUGCGGCCAUCGGGCUUUCCUGCAGUAUCUCCAUGAAUAUACGGAUCACUUUGGGCUCAAGCAGCACAUCCUGUUCAAGACCAAAGUUGUUUCAUGUCAGCAGGUGGAAGACAACCGGUGGAAGAUCAAAUACACAACAGAACACGAAGAGCCAAGGGAAACAGUCUACGACGCUCUUUUGGUAUGCUCGGGCAAGAGCACCAAACCACACAUCCCAGCGUUCAAGGGGAUGGAAGUGUUUCAGGGGCGCAUCUUCCACAGUCAUAUCUAUCGCCGACCAGAAGGGUUCAGUGGGAAGAGAGUCGCGAUUAUCGGAUUCGGUAAUUCUGCUGCCGACAUUGCGUCCGAACUCUGCGGGCAGACGGAGGAAUGCCACCUUGUGACGAGAAGAGGAGGGUGGGUGUUCCCACGGUAUAUAUUCGGCAAGUCGAUACAUGCAUGGAAUAGCCGGUUCUCGCAAUCGGUGCUCCCGGCAUCCAUCUCGAAAUGGAGCCUGACAACGCUCGUCCAGCUCGUAGAGGGGAAACUGCCACCUGAACUGCAACCGGAGCACGAUAUUCUCGGAGCGAAUCCUGCAGUCCAUUCGACGCUGAUCGAGAAUAUCAAAGUGGGACGAAUCACCCCUCACCGCGCCAGCGUGGGAGAGAUCACGGCCACAGGAUUGUCCCUGACGAAUGGAGAGACAAUCGACAAUCUGGACGCAAUCAUCCUCUGUACCGGAUAUGAUAUUGACUACCCAUUUAUCUCCGAAGACUGCUAUCGCUCCAAACACAGCAAGUUCAUGGACUCACCAAACUCGGUGCAUCUAUACCGACUGACGACUCCUCCUCAUGUCCGCAAUCUAUUUAUCAUGGGCGUGUUUCAACUACCCGGGCCGAUUCAGCCCGCCGUGGAAUUGCAAGCGCGAUGGGUCACUGCCAUUUUAACGGGGAGGAUCAAGCUCCCACCCGCUGAAAGGAUGUCCGAAUUGAUCGCAUCUGAAGAGGAGGAACGGCGCAGACAGUGGAUCCAAUCCGACCGACACACCGUCUCUGCCCACUUCCUCCCAUACUGUGACUCGCUAGCCAACGAUCUCGGCGCAGCGCCGACCUUCGGAUGCCUCCUCUCGCGAAUCUUCACCUCGAAUCCAAUCCGUGCGAUGACCAUUCUCCACGCGGUGUAUUUCGGGAUGUGCUCGAGUGCGCAAUAUCGGCUCUUCGGGGACGGGAGCAAGCCCGAACUCGCGACGGCUACCAUUCUCAGGCUUGCGAGAGGCGCAAAGGAAUUGAAUGAGGAGGAAAGGAUUGCUUUGACUAAGAGCGAGGAUAUUUUCCAUGUUGAUAAUAUCAUUGUGGAUAAUGUGAAGGAUGCAAAGUGAGUCUAUGACUUGAAGCCCUAUAUAAGCUAUUAGAUUUAGGCCGGCGUAUGUAUUUAGUAUAAUGUACGGUAGGAAAUGGCCUUGAAAGGAAUCAAUAAGCAAAAGCCGAG